GCCCACACGCAACAUGGCGGGAGAAGCUCCACGUUCCCUCAGUUCUUCUGGCUUUUGUUUGGGGCGCGAAUACAAAGAAGAGAGCGGGCGCUUUUGAAGUCAAUCGCGGGUGUCCGUUGGGAGGGGGAGUUAGAGCUUCCCCAAAGCCGGCAGGCCUAGUGAUGAGGCCAUGAGUCACCCAGGCUGCGGCAGCAACAACAUCGGGAUGAAACUUCCAAUGGCGGCGGCCUUUCGUUUGCCUGGCCGACACGGCUAUGCAGUAGAGUUCUCGCCAUACCUGCCCGGGCGUUUGGCCUGUGCCGCCUCGCAGUACUACGGGAUUGCAGGUUGUGGAACACUAGUAGUAUUGGAACAAAGUGAUACUGGGAUUCAUCUGUUCAGAAGUUUUGAUUGGAAUGAUGGUCUGUUUGAUUUGACAUGGAGUGAGAACAAUGAACAUGUGUUGGUCACUUGCAGUGGAGAUGGAUCUUUACAAAUUUGGGAUACAAUACAACCCACAGGUCCCCUACAAGUCUACAAAGAGCACACUCAAGAGGUUUACAGUGUUGAUUGGAGCCAGACUAGAGGGGAACAGCUAAUUGUAUCUGGAUCAUGGGAUCAAACAGCAAAACUAUGGGAUCCUACUGUGGGACAGUCAAUAUGUACUUUUAAAGGCCACGAAGGUGUUAUUUACAGCACAAUAUGGUCUCCGCACAUCCCUGGCUGCUUUGCAUCUGCUUCAGGUGACCAGACUUUAAGAAUUUGGGAUGCUAAGGCGCCAAGACUCCCAGUAGUAAUUCCAGCUCACCAAGCUGAGAUUUUAAGUUGUGAUUGGUGCAAAUAUGAUCAGAACUUGCUGGUAACAGGUGCUGUUGACUGCAGUUUGAAAGGUUGGGAUUUGAGAAAUAUCCGGCAACCGGUAUUCAGUCUCUUUGGCCAUACAUAUGCUGUAAGAAGAGUAAAGUUUUCACCAUUUUGCGCCACUGUCUUGCUAUCGUGUUCCUAUGAUUUUACUGUAAGAAUCUGGGAUUUUUCCAAGCUUGACCCUCUGCUUGAAACUGUGGAACAUCAUACUGAGUUUACUUGUGGCCUGGAUUUAAGUCUGCAUCACCCUGGUCAGGUGGCAGACUGUGCAUGGGAUGAGACAGUGAAGAUCUAUAGCCCCUCUUCAUUAGUAAUUUCUGCAUAGAAUGAUAAACUCCAUGGAAGACCGCAAAUUUAAAAGGAAUCCCUUCCAGUGUCCUGGACAAGACAGAACAGUCACAGGGUGUAUUGGAGUCUUGAUCACUCUUUUAUUUCUUAAAAUUUGAUUUCAUGUUUCAGAUGAAGACAUGGUGUUCAGGGCAGGCUCAGAUAGUUCUUUUCUAUAAAGCUACAAUGGGAAGUGCAGAAAAAUUACUUGGUGUGGGGAUAGAUUGAGGAGGAGGGCAGAAACACCGCUAGACUUCUCUGAGGCAUGUUAAGGGGUAUAUGACAAGCAAUUGUGUGAAUAUUGAGGGAUUUAAAUAAACAGUGUAAUCCUAAAUAGGGUUACUCCAAUCUAAGCCCAUUAAAAUCAAUGGGCUUAAACUGCUGUAACUUUGCUUAGGAUUGCACUGAAAGUGUCAUACAUCUGCCAUAGGAAAAGAAAUGCAAAUGGCAUUGUAAGUUGACCACUCAUCUCUCUUUAAAUAUGAUGAUUACCACACAAUAACACAGCAUCAAUCUGACAUAUAUAGCAUUCAUUUGCUUUCACUCUGGAUAUGUUUGCUAUGGACCCCACAUUAUAACAUGGUGCUUCCUGCUGAUGAACAGAAAAUUACACACUAUCUAACUCUGCUUUAUCCAAUUUCUGUUUGUUUAUUUUUACUCAGGAAAAAUAUUAUCUACAAUCACAUCAUGUUACAGGGACAGGCAUGCCCAGGGAGCGAAGAGAAGUUGGUAGCUGGAAAAAUCAACUAAGGUUGAAAAAGCCGCCAUUUGACUCUCUUGCCAAGCAAUGGGCUGUGGCAAAACUUCCGAAAUCCAUUGGGUGGGUCAUUUUUCAGUUGGGAGAGGGUUCCACCUGUCUUAUGAUAUUAUUCAUGGAACUUCAUGUUUUCUGAAUAAAGUAUGUGUACAUGUGAGCUAGAACAAGUUUCAACAACACCUUUAGUACCUAUAAAGAAUGCCCAUGCUUAUUUUCUGGUUGUAAUCCAAAUCAUUUCCAUGGGAGAUAUUUAAACACUGGUUUGAGGUUUUUUCCCCGAGCUGCUUUGGGAGAAAACAUAAGGUUUGCUUUGGAGUUUUGUUUGAGGUAGACUUGAUUCCUGGGAUCAGUUUUGACCAUCUUUAUGCUUUAGAAUAUCAGAAUUUGAGUCCAGUGGCACCUUAGAAACCAACAAGAUUUUCAGUGUAUGAGCUCUGUCUCUCAAAAGUUCAUACCCUAAAAAUCUUGUUGGUCUUUGAGGUGCCACUGGACUCAAAUCCUGCUGUUCUACUGCAGACCAACAUGGCUACCCACCAAAUACUAUCUUUAUGCUGUAGAAGUAUCAAGCAUUUGCUGGUCAUUUGUUGAGAAGAAAUCCUGAAAUUAUGGCGGUGGAAGAAAUUUAAUUUAGAAAUCUAGCCCUAUUUGUGAGUUCCACACACUGAAGUCUGUCAUAUUUUUGGGAGGACAAAGUAUCUCUGUUUUAAUUAUCAUCUGGUACUAAGUCUGUAAUACAUAGCUAAAAUAUGUAGGUAUUAUCUGAUUGUUAUGUAUAUUCCAUCUGGUAGCUAAAGCAAGCCAAACUUUGUCAUUUUAAUAUAGAAAUCUGGGCACACAGUGUUGAUUAUUGAAAGGACUCUAGUAAUGCACCUGAAGGAACUCAUCUAUGGGUACUUUUCUUUAUAUCUGCAUAAAAGCUGUUCUGAGUAGAGGAGCUUCAUGCAAGUUUGUGAUCUACUGGGCUAGAACAGACUUCUGAAUCUUACUGUGUUGUGUUAUAUGUUAUAUUUUGUGUUUUCCUUGAUAGGAUAUUGCAAAAGAUUUACAAGUAUUUGUGACACUCAGUCUGUGAACUGAGAAAUUACACAGAACCAUAAAAAGUACUGCAUACAGCUUUGGUAAUAAUCAAGGCAAUAAAUGCUAGACUUCUGCAAUAAAAUGGAUAAUUUCAAGCGUUAAGAGCAGUUUCCUUAUCUCCUACCUGAAUAACUGUGCAAGCAACAUGUAGAGAAGACAGAGUAAUCUAGAAUAUUCUGUAAAUCCUGAUAUUAUGUAAAAGACAAUUGGAAUAGCUAAAAUAAUAGUUUUCCGCAUGAUAGCCUAUUAUGAACUUUAAAAGCUUGAGAAAAGUCACAUGAGAACACAAAAUCUAAAACUAUAUAUGCAAAAAUCUUGUAAAUAAAUAAAUAAACUCUCUUUG